AUGCCUUUCGAUUUUAAUGGCAAGAAGGUUCUAGUUACGGGAGCUGGAGGAGGGAUCGGACGCGCUUUAGCUAUUGCUCUUAAUGAAGCAGGAUGUAAGGUUUAUGCUCUCAGUCGUACCAAGUCUACUCUCGACUCUUUAGUAGCUGAGCAUCCUAAGAUUGUCCCAAUAGUUGCUGACGUAUCCAACUGGGAUGAUACCAGGAGAAAGCUUGAAGAUUUGGAACCGCUCGAUGGUUUGGUCAACAACGCCGCGAUCCUUGGAGAGAAGUAUUCUUCAGUUGAUUGCCCGAGAGACACUAUCGAUAAAGUACUGAAUACUAAUUUGUUGGGCGCAAUAAAUUGUGCACAAGUGGUUGCGAAGUAA